GCUUUGAAGAGGAAUAAAUUGGUUGAAGAAAAACGGAGAAUAUUCUGAAAUUCAUAAGGGUUCGCAUAUUUCGACGAUUUUUUGCCGAAUCGGAGGGGAAAAGAGAAACAAUUAUAAAUCCGUGAAGGAUCGUAGAUUAGUCAACGAAAAGAGUUGGGACUACUUUCUCGAUAGGGGGCGGACGUUGUGUUGGCGGCGGCCAUGAUAGGUGUCAGCGACGGCUAUCCACAGUGACGGCAUUCGCCUUUGCGUCAGUCGGUUUUCGUGCGCGGAUGGAUUGAAUUAUAAAGAACGAAGGGAAAAAAGGAGGACGAAAUAAGAGGGAAGAGAAAGAAAAAAAAGAGCCGAGGAAUUCGGAGGUUGUCGCGGCAGGAAACCGAGGAAUCGUUGUAAAAUAUAAAGAUAUAAAACGAGAAAGAAAAACGCGCGCAAGACACUAAAGUUUAUCGAUAUUUAGGGGCUAAUUCGCUGUUAACGAUUUCGGGCGACGCGUAUGAGAUUCGGGUUGCCGCUUUUGAAGGAAAAGUGGCUAGACUCGAACGGGAGAGAAUUGUUCUGGGGAGGAAGCUAAAAAGUUAUCAAGGAAAUUUAAAAAAAGACAGCAUUAUUGAGUGAAAGAUCAAAGUGAAUAAAAAUGACGCAGCUACUGCCCAUAAGGUUUCAAGAACAUCUCCAGCUAACCGCUGUGGGAAUAAACGCUAGCAAUGUCAGCUUCAACACCCUCACCAUGGAAUCUGACAAAUUUAUAUGCGUACGGGAAAAAGUGGGGGACACAGCGCAAGUUGUCAUAAUAGACAUGAACGAUUCAGCAAAUCCCAUCAGAAGACCGAUAUCGGCAGAUUCUGCAAUCAUGAAUCCAGCGAGUAAAGUGAUAGCUCUCAAAGCUCAAAAGACUCUGCAAAUAUUCAACAUUGAGAUGAAAUCAAAGAUGAAGGCGCACGUGAUGACGGAGGACGUAGUAUUUUGGAAAUGGAUAUCGUUGAACACGCUGGCAUUGGUGACCGAAAUGGCAGUAUAUCAUUGGUCGAUGGAGGGUGAUUCGACGCCGACGAAGAUGUUUGAGCGUCAUUCAUCAUUAAAUGGUUGUCAAAUAAUAAAUUACCGUACGGAUCCGAAGCAGACGUGGCUCCUGUUAAUUGGAAUAUCAGCGCAACACAAUCGUGUGGUGGGUGCGAUGCAGCUUUACUCAGUGGAGAGGAAAUGUUCGCAGCCUAUCGAGGGACACGCCGCUUCGUUUGCUCAAUUCAAAAUGGAAGGAAAUGCGGAACCGAGUAAUCUCUUUUGUUUUGCGGUGCGGACCGUACAAGGCGCGAAAUUGCAUAUUAUCGAGGUCGGACAACCGCCCGCCGGGAAUCACCCGUUCCCAAAAAAAGCGGUCGACGUUUUCUUCCCACCUGAAGCAGGGAACGAUUUUCCCGUUGCUAUGCAAGUCAGCUCGAAAUACGACGUUAUUUAUCUAAUCACUAAAUACGGCUACAUUCACAUGUACGACAUCGAAUCGGCGACUUGUAUAUUCAUGAAUCGCAUUUCCGGUGAGACGAUCUUCGUAACUGCUCCGCACGAAGCCUCCGGCGGCAUUAUCGGCGUCAAUCGUAAAGGCCAAGUUCUCUCGGUCUCCGUUGAAGAAGAAAAUAUUAUUCCGUACAUCAACGGCGUCCUUCAAAAUCCCGAAUUGGCCCUGCGUAUGGCAGUCAGAAAUAAUCUUUCCGGCGCCGAAGAUCUCUUCGUACGAAAAUUCAACAUGCUCUUUCAAAAUGGUCAGUAUGCCGAAGCCGCCAAAGUUGCUGCUAAUGCACCCAAGGGCAUCCUCCGAACACCUGCGACUAUUCAACGAUUCCAACAGGUUCCAGCGACCCAAGGACAAACCUCGCCUCUCCUGCAGUAUUUCGGAAUCCUCCUCGAUCAAGGACAACUCAACAAGUACGAAUCUCUCGAGCUUUGUCGUCCCGUUUUGGUACAAGGGCGCAAACAGUUACUGGAGAAAUGGCUCAAAGAGGACAAACUCGAGUGCAGCGAAGAAUUGGGUGAUCUCGUUAAACAAGCUGAUCCUACACUUGCUCUCAGUGUUUACCUUCGUGCAAAUGUGCCCAACAAAGUGAUCCAAUGCUUUGCUGAGACCGGACAAUUCCAAAAGAUCGUACUUUACGCCAAAAAAGUCUCGUACACACCCGAUUACGUUUUCCUCCUGAGAAAUGUAAUGAGAAUCAAUCCCGAUCAAGGCGUCGCUUUGGCUCAAAUGCUCGUUCAAGACGAUGAGCCUUUGGCUGAUAUUAAUCAAAUCGUUGACAUAUUUAUGGAACAAAAUAUGGUGCAACAAUGUACAGCAUUCCUUCUGGACGCUUUGAAGAAUAAUCGACCAAGUGAGGGAGCUUUGCAGACGCGUUUAUUGGAGAUGAAUCUGAUGUCAGCUCCACAAGUGGCAGAUGCAAUAUUGGGCAAUCAAAUGUUUACUCAUUACGAUCGAGCGCACGUUGCCCAGUUGUGUGAAAAAGCUGGUCUGUUGCAACGGGCAUUGGAACACUACACGGAUCUUUAUGACAUAAAACGAGCAGUGGUUCACACUCACCUCUUGUCGCCGGAUUGGCUAGUUGGAUUCUUUGGCACGUUGUCGGUCGAGGAUUCUCUGGAAUGUUUGAAAGCGAUGUUGACAGCGAACAUUCGUCAAAACUUGCAGAUUUGCGUGCAAAUAGCGACGAAAUAUCACGAGCAAUUGACGACUAAAUCAUUGAUCGAUUUAUUCGAGAGUUUCAAAUCGUACGAGGGUCUCUUCUAUUUCCUGGGCUCGAUUGUAAACUUCAGUCAGGACCAAGAAGUUCAUUUCAAGUACAUACAAGCUGCUUGCAAAAUCGGCCAGAUCAAAGAAGUCGAGAGGAUUUGUCGUGAAAGUAAUUGUUACAACGCUGAGCGUGUGAAGAACUUUUUGAAAGAGGCAAAACUUUCGGACCAACUGCCUUUGAUCAUAGUCUGCGAUCGUUUCGACUUCGUUCACGACCUCGUGCUCUACCUGUAUCGCAACAAUCUCCAAAAGUACAUCGAGAUUUAUGUGCAAAAAGUUAAUCCGUCACGACUCCCGGUGGUAGUUGGUGGACUUUUAGACGUCGAUUGUUCGGAGGACAUCAUUAAAAACUUGAUUCUUGUCGUACGAGGACAAUUCUCGACCGACGAACUCGUCGAAGAAGUUGAAAAGCGCAAUCGUCUCAAGCUCCUGUUACCCUGGCUCGAGUCACGCGUUCACGAGGGCUGCGUCGAGCCAGCGACUCACAAUGCUCUGGCUAAAAUUUACAUCGACAGCAACAACAAUCCCGAGAGAUUUCUCAAAGAAAAUCAGUUUUACGAUAGUCGUGUCGUUGGUAAAUAUUGCGAAAAACGCGAUCCUCAUCUCGCUUGUAUCGCUUACGAGCGCGGACAAUGCGAUCGCGAAUUGAUAAGCGUUUGCAAUGAGAACAGCCUUUUCAAAAGCGAAGCGAGAUAUUUGGUCAGGCGGCGCGAUCCUGACCUCUGGGCUGAAGUUCUCCUCGAAAGCAAUCCCUACAAAAGACCUCUCAUCGAUCAAGUCGUACAAACCGCACUCUCCGAGACUCAAGAUCCUGAGGAUAUUUCCGUUACGGUGAAAGCCUUCAUGACUGCUGAUUUACCCAACGAGCUUAUUGAACUUCUCGAGAAAAUCGUCCUCGACAGCAGUGUCUUCAGUGAUCAUCGCAACCUUCAAAAUCUUUUGAUUCUCACUGCUAUCAAGGCUGAUCGUACUCGUGUUAUGGAGUACAUCAAUCGCUUGGACAAUUAUGACGCACCCGAUAUCGCCAAUAUCGCUAUCAACAACGAACUCUACGAAGAGGCUUUUGCCAUUUUCAAGAAAUUCGAUGUCAAUACUUCCGCUAUUCAAGUCCUUAUCGAACAAGUUAAUAAUCUCGAUCGCGCCUACGAAUUUGCCGAACGAUGUAACGAACCAGCUGUCUGGUCUCAACUUGCUCGAGCUCAAUUGCAACAGGGCUUGGUGAAGGAAGCGAUUGACAGCUUCAUCAAGGCUGACGAUCCAUCGGCGUACGUUGACGUUGUGGAAACCGCUCACCGGACCUCGCACUGGGAAGAUCUCGUUCGUUACUUGCAAAUGGCGAGAAAGAAGGCUCGUGAAUCUUUCAUCGAAAGCGAACUCAUUUACGCUUAUGCUCGUACCAACAGACUCGCUGAUCUUGAAGAGUUCAUUUCAGGACCGAAUCACGCCGAUAUACAAAAGAUCGGCGACAGAUGCUUUGACGACAAAAUGUACGACGCAGCAAAACUGCUAUACAACAACGUAUCGAACUUUGCGAGAUUGGCGAUAACGCUGGUACACUUGAAAGAAUUCCAAGGCGCCGUGGACAGCGCUCGCAAGGCAAAUUCUACGAGAACUUGGAAAGAAGUUUGUUUCGCCUGUGUCGAUAGCGGCGAAUUCCGUCUCGCCCAAAUGUGCGGUCUUCAUAUCGUCGUCCAUGCUGAUGAGCUCGAAGAUCUAAUCAAUUAUUACCAAGAUCGUGGCCACUUCGAGGAGCUUAUCAAUCUUCUGGAAGCUGCUCUUGGUCUUGAGCGCGCUCAUAUGGGAAUGUUCACCGAGCUCGCUAUUCUCUAUAGCAAAUAUAAGCCUCAAAGAAUGCGUGAACACCUCGAACUCUUCUGGUCUCGCGUCAAUAUACCUAAGGUGUUACGCGCAGCCGAAUCAGCACAUUUAUGGGCGGAGCUCGUAUUUCUGUACGACAAAUAUGAAGAAUAUGACAACGCGGUUCUCGCGAUGAUGCAACAUCCGACCGAAGCCUGGCGAGAGGGCCAUUUCAAGGAUGUUAUAACCAAAGUCGCGAAUGUCGAAUUGUAUUAUAAAGCGAUACAAUUUUACGUCGAGUACAAACCGCUUUUGUUGAACGACAUAUUAUUGGUAUUGGCGCCCCGAAUGGACCACACGAGAUCCGUCGCAUAUUUCACGAGAACCGGACACCUCCAACUUGUAAAGCCUUAUCUGAGAUCCGUUCAAGCUUUGAACAACAAAGCCAUAAACGAAGCACUCAACGGUCUUCUCAUCGAUGAGGAAGAUUAUCAAGGCUUGAGAACAUCGAUAGACGCUUUUGACAAUUUCGACAAUAUUGCCCUUGCCCAACAACUCGAGAAACACGAAUUGAUUGAAUUCAGAAGAAUCGCUGCCUACCUUUACAAAGGAAACAAUAGGUGGAAACAAUCCGUCGAAUUGUGCAAAAAAGACAGGCUUUUCCGUGACGCGAUGGAAUACGCUGCGGAAUCGCGCAACGCCGAUGUCGCUGAAGAAUUGCUGGAAUGGUUCCUCGAGAGAGGGUCGAAGGAUUGUUUCGCGGCGUGUCUCUUCCACUGUUACGAUCUUCUCCAUCCUGACGUUAUUCUCGAACUCGCGUGGAGACAUCGCAUUCUACCAUUCGCUAUGCCCUAUUUAAUCCAAGUAGCUCGUGAAUACAUUACCAAGGUCGACAAACUCGAAGAAGCAGAAAGUCAGAGAGUCGAGGAGACCGAUCAUCAAGAGCACAAGCCGAUGAUAAUACCUGAGCCACAAUUGAUGCUGACAGCUGGACCGGGAAUGAUGGCGCCAGGUUAUGCGCCCCAAGGGGUUUACGGAGCGCCGGCUCAAGGGGUGUACGCACCAGCGGCUGCGGCCUAUCAAGGCUACGGCAUGUGAGACGGGUUGAACGAGAAGCUCUACAGCACCGAUCAACAUUAUUCACAUUUCUUAAGGUUUAGCUAGGAGAACAAGGAUAACGCCGUUAGUUCGUAGUCAAUAAUUCGAACGCUGAAUCGAGAGAUAACGAAGGAGAAAAGGCAAAAACAAAAAAUGGAAAAGAGAGGAAGAAAUAAAGUGAAGCAGAGUAGAAAAAAGACCACGAUGGAAAAAUGAAAAUAAUUUUCAAAAAGGGGUCAUUGUGACCUAUUGAAUUUUCGUGUCAGUUGGCUAUUGGCCAAUGCGAAACCUUGACGAGAAGAAGAAAAAAACGACGAGUAAAAAAAGUAAACGAGGGCUGUCGACUGUCAAGAUGAUGAAUUAAUCACACAUACAAUAAAUAUAUUAGUUUCCCCGAAACGUCAUUCGCAGCCUGACAAUUGACACUCCAAAAUCAAUUCUGAAGUUUCGCCGUUGAAAAGCUUACGAUAAAGCUGAUGAAAAUCAUCGAAAAAAAUGCUAGCAUGGAAAAGUGUAAAAUCGCCUGUAUUACGAUUUUUGCAGUACAAAAAAAACAGAUUUGGAGAAAUGAGACGCGGAAUCGCGAGCGAGAGUUUGAGAAUGUAUUCUUGAGAUUAAUUAGCGAGUUUUUGGGUGAUUCGAAAAAAAUGGCUAUCUGUGCUUGACAUGAAAAAUCAACCGUAUAGGUUCGGUUGUUUGUUCGUAAAUAUCGUUUGUUAACACAAGUACAUAUUACGUGUAUAUUUAUCUCGAUUAUCCAAACCGUUUCGAGGCAUUGUGAAUUAGAGUCUAUCGUUAACGUCCAUUGUGUUAUCCCGGUACUAUGUUUUUUUUUGUUUCAGAUUAAUAUCGUUUUUCAAGCCGGAAAACUUUGUCGACAGCCUUAAAACGUCGUAGAAUACUAUCGGGUGCACGAUUGUUUUUGUUUUGCAUUACACUAUAUAAAUCGUCCAACUUUUCAUCGUAGCAUAAUAAUAUUGUGUUGGUUCGAGGCGACGUGGAAAGUAGAGGAAUAAAUUUAAAAAAGAACAUUCUGCGUCAAAGGCCUACGAAUUUUUUUUAAAUUCCAUUUCUUGUAACCACUCUGUGCUGUUGAAGAUCGAUUUGAAAACAUUUCCUCACGAAACAUCGAUGUUUCGACCCCCCCCCCCCCCCCCCCCCGUCCAUCCAUUCUCAAAACAUGAUAUCAUUGAUUAUGUAGUAAAGACAAAAUAAUCGUUAUAAAUUAUUCUUAACUUAGGAGUUACAACCUUCGAAUUUUCACACUUUUACAACUUUCUCUAAUUAUUGGGUUGAUAAAUCAUUUUAUUAUUGUUAAAAUGAUUCUUUAUUUCUAAUUACAUGCUCAUCAGUGGAAGGACACUUUGAAAGAUAUGUACGUAUGCAUGUGUCAACGAUUUCUUCCGUAAUAAUCGUAUUGUUUUCGUCUCUUUUUAUCUACAAUGAAUGCAACCGAGCUUAUGACAAACUUCAAUUUCUAACUUGUAUUUGAAGAUUUUUUCAUUCCAAGAUUCAACUGAAACGAUGAAAUUAUUGUGAUGAUAAAAUUCUAAUGAGUAAACAACAUUUUGCAUGCACCAUUGUAGCGAAAAAAUUCAAAGAUUUUCGAUCCUUUCCUUAAUGAAGGAUUUUGUGAGAUAUUUCCUUUGCGACUUUGUGCCAGCGAAAGGAAAGUUGAAGUUUGCACAUGUUUCUCUUUUUUUUCUACCCGACUAUAAAAUUGUAGUUUCGCUGGUCCGAAGAAAUUUCUUCAUAAAUUUUUUUAAAGCUGAUGUAACAGAAAAGAAAAAUUCAAGGUGAAUAUACAAUAUCAACUGAUUAUUUUGAUGGAAGAAAAGAAAACAUGCUGCGAUUACCAUUCAACGUGUUAAACUUGUCAAGUAGCGGUAUAACUAGUUUAGAAAAUCAAUGUUAGGUACGAAAGAAAAACUGAAUCGAAAAAAUGGGACGCCACUAAAUUAAAAACAUUCCCGGAUAAUUAUAAUCAUUCUCUCAUCAUCGAUUGAUGAAUAUCGCCUCGAAUACAAACUAACUCUCCCCGAAAAAUGACCUUGUAACAAUAAAAAACAAAUAUACAUAUAUAUAUAUAUAUAUAAACGAGAUUAAACCCAUUGAAUAUAAUUAAAAAUUUCGAGCCACCGGUAGUCCGGUUUAAAAAGAUACGUUGUUAAUGUAUUGGUAUCGAUCAUGAUUUUUGGAUAUUAUGAUUUAUUAUUAUUAUUAUUAUUAUUAUUAUUAUUAUUAUUAUUAUUGUCGUAAAAUUAUUGAGAAAUCAUGAAAAAACAAUUAAACCAAGAAUGAUUGAUAAUUAAAAAUAAAUUGAUAAAUAUAUAAUUAUAUUAUUAUAUAUUAUAUUGAUAAUUAAUGUAAUAUGUGAGUAGCGCGCAUGUGUGUGUGUAAAUAUAUAUAUUUAUAUAUAUCUGUGCUUAUGUAUAUGUACACACGCACGUGCGUAUAUACAAAUAUAUAUAUUAUACAUAAAAAUACGAGUAUCGUAUUUGGAAAAAAAACCAACUGAAAAGAAAUACAAUGAAAUACAAGUAAAAUGAAGUUUGAAAAAUUGCAAAAAAAAAUAAAGGAAUAAGAAUACGUAUAGUUGUCGACUGACUCGAGAGAAAUGGUUUGCUAAUCAUGUCGACAUGUUUUCUCGUUUUGCGCUGUAAAAUGUAACGGAUGUGCUGGAAAAAAAAAGCUGUUCGUAGUUCGAAAUAAAAAAAAAGCCUGUUCAACGGAA